AUGGCAGAUGUAAAGGCCGAGUCGGUGUACCCCGAAGUGGUGUCCCAAGACGCACCAGCAAAACGAGGAUUCGUCGCCGGUACUAUAGCUCACUUUAAGAAGUGGUGGUGGGUUCAUCUGAUCGUCCUGAUCUGCGUGGUCCUGAUCAUCAUUUUCCCAAUAAUCUACGUCGCCUAUCCCAAAAUCGCCCAAACCGACGUCAACAACGCCACGCUGAAUGUUACAAGCCUGGUGUUCUCAGACCCGACGCCGGACACUAUCCAUGUCAACCAGACCCAGGUGCUGGGCAACAAGGCCAUAUACCACCCAAAGAUCUACUCGUUCAAUGCGUCGCUGGGUUUAGCUGGUUCUCCGGUGCCCGUUUCGUACGCCACAGUGCCCGAGACGGCGUCGAAUGACGGGCAGGUUAUUAUUGUCGAUGCUACGCUUCAGUUGCACAAUAUCGAGGCUACUACAAACUUUACAAAGGCUGUGCUAGCGUCGGAGACGUGGGAGUUGGGGGUCUAUGGACGACCGCAGUUGAAGGAAAUGGUUCUUCCAAAGUCGACGGUGACAUUUAACAAGACUGUGGAAAUGAAAGGUCUCAAUGGGCUUGAAGGCUUUGCUCUUUCAAACGUCACGAUAUCUGCAGCACCAGGAGCCGAUGGCACCAACAUGAACGGCACUGUGAGCAUACCGAAUCCGAGCGUCGUCACCGUACCCAUGGGCAAUAUCACAAUGGACAUAUCCGUCAACGGCACGGCCGUCGGCCAAACCUUCCUAAACAAUCUCAACCUCAUCCCCGGCGCAAACAUAUACCCCGUCAAAUCGCUAAUCAACAAUACCCUAAUGCUGAGCUUUAUCGGCAAAAGCGGCCCAUAUCCGUCUGGUGUUGUCCCACUGGAUAUUAGCGGUAACAAGAGUGUUUACAACGGCCAAGAGAUUUCAUACUUUUCCGAUGCCCUGCGUAGCACAAGUCUCCGCGCGACGUUGAAUGUGACACAGGUGUUGAUUGACUCUGGGUUGGGGUUAUUGCUAGGGGCGCUUUGA